UUUCGAAUGUGCGUUCAAUUUUGAAAUUUGUCUUCUUGCGUCAAGUCGUCGUGCGGUGUUCCAAGCGAGCCCCAAUGUUGCUCUGGUCGCGACGGCAACGGAAACGGCCCCAAACGCACAAACUCGACCGGAAGGCGGUUGCAGAAGUGAAGGAAAAUUAGAAGAACGCCUAGAAACGGAAUAUCGAAAUUACCAAACGCGUGCACGUGUUAACGGUUGGAGAGCUUUUCAACACUGCCGCCGGCAGGACCGCCAACACCAAUCAGCUGCUGCAGCCGGCAAUGCGCCAAGAUGAGCGUUAAGGAGCAGCAAGCAGCAGGCCGGGACUUUAAGCGCAAUUCUAACGCUUAUGCCAGCCUGCCGCACACAGGAACGGGAGGAGCAGUAGCUUCGCCGUCAUCGUCCUUCGCAACAGGAGCGGGAACCACUGGCAGAGGUCGGCAAUGCAGACAGGUGCCAUUGCACCACCCGGAGCAGUAUGGCCUUUCGAACAGCCUCUCUAGCGAGUCCAUUCGGCAGGCUUGCGACUACUACGACGACGAGCUGAGCGACGAGGAUCUAAUCGAGAUCCAGCAGACGCCACAAGGCUUUCAUCAGCAGGCCAGCAAGCAACCGCUGCAGAUUCAGCCCAUUACCUUUCGUUUAGGCGAUGGCCAGCGUGACGAGAGGAGCGCCUUCUGCGGCAGCCAGGAGAUGCAACCGGCUCCAUUGAGCACGCCCAUUAAGCAGGCGACGGAAACGGAUGAGGCCCUGUGCGUGCUCAGUGAACUAGACGCCAUUCUGGAUGUUCACGAUGUCUCGCAACUGAACGGCACCAUAAAUUCGGGCAGCGACGAUGACAAGGUCGAGGAUUACCUCAUGGACCUUGACAAUUAUCUGGAGGAGAUGGACAAUGCCCUGAACCGGGAGGAGUCGCUGACUAUUAUGGGCGGUCAAUCCAGCUUAAAAAGAGAGCCGAGAACAAGGACACUGCCGUUGAGUAGAAAGAAAAAAUCGAAUAAGAAGACGAACGAAGAGCAGGAGGCAGCUCCAGAGGAUUUCCAAAGGGAGCAUCGAAUUAGGAAGACCUUUAGCUGCUCCCUAAGGCCAACGAGCCAAACAGCCUCGUCAAGUGGUUCUCUGGAGGCAACUACGGAGCCCGUGGUGGAUGUUUGGAGGCGUCAGUCCAUGCGUCGGGCCAUGGAACAGGAGGACACCAAAGGGACAGUAAUAGAGAGGGAGGAAGACGACCUUCCAACAUUGUUGGUGGAGCUGCCUCCCAGGCGCGGAGAUGCAGAGAUGCGACGCUGCUUUUCCCAAGGCGAUUGCCAGGCCCAAGCUGGUGGCUCCCAGAUGCUCACGGAUGCCCACAUCUUCGACAACCUGCUGCAGACUACGGCAAGAGCCUCCAGCGAGGAGCCGCGACCCCGGCAGUACGGACGCCGCUUGGAGGGACCUCCCACGCCAGUUCGCACCUUGGUGCUGGGCCAAAGUCGGCCACAGAGCGCUCCGACACGCGUGCAAAUGCGGGAGCCGCAGCCACUCGAAACCCCCACGCACCCCAUCAUGUCCACUUGCUCGGAACUAAGUUCGCCGCGUUCCUCCCGGAUGCCCAGUCCCGUUUCCCUGCCCUCGGAUACCAGCAGCAGCAGCAGCUCAGCGGAACAGGAUCAGGACCAGGUGCACGCAACGACCAUGUGCAGCGCCAGUAGCACCACGCCCCUGGAGCCGCUACAUCAACUGCACUUGCUGCUGCGCGAAAAGUGCGGCUUUAACAGCCAGUGGCCGCAUGCAGGAAGUCGCACCCUGGCGCUGAUUGGCUGCACCCUGGGUGUGUUUAACAUGUGCCGGUUUGCCGUGCUCACCAUCAACUUUGGUGGCAAUUUCCUCCUUCAAUUCCUGCUGCUGUCGGUGAUCUUUGGCAUCCCACUGAUGUGGCUCCAAAUGUGCCUGGGAGCCAAGAUUCGUGCCGGUCCGGUGUCCAUGUGGAAGAUUAGCCCAAUAUGCGCCGGCGUGGGCAUUGCUCUGGUGAUGGUACAGUGUUUUCUGGCACUGUACUCCACAGUGUCUCUGGCCUGGAUUCUGGUCUAUCUAAGGGAUGUUUUUCCAACCGCAUCCCGCACGGGUUAUCGCUGGCAGGAGCUGGCAUUUCCCUAUCGCUAUGAUGCCGCCAAUGCCACUGGGAAUCUCACACACACUGUGGCCGAGUACUUCAAUGUGGUGGUCUUGCAGCGCCUGGAUCUGCCAAAGCAUCCCGAUGCCAGCGGAGGGCGCUUCCAUGUCAACGAUCGGCAGCUGGCCUUUUACCUGGCUCUCAUCUGGGCGGCCGUCUUCCUCAUCCUCUGCAAGGGUCUGAAGUCCCUCGGCAAGCUGGCUUACAUUAUCUACACGCUGCCAUUGAUUUCUCUGGCCGUGGUGACGGCCAAGUUUGUCUAUGUGGUGGAUCCAGGGAGACUACAGAACGUCUUCGCUGCCAGCGAUUUCGAUGACUUUCUGGUGAAUCCCAACAGCUGGACGGCGGCCACACAGGAGACAUUUCUCACCUGGGGCUUGCUGGGUGCCUCGGUUAUUGCUAUAACCAGUAGGAGUCAUGCUAAUGCCAACAAGGCGGCUCUAAGAAGAGAUGCUAUUCUGCUGGUUUUGCUUACCCUCAUCGGGCUGGGCUUGAUGGCUCUGCUGGCCUUGUGUUGUGCCCAGAUUUUGUGGCAACAUGGCUACGUCUAUGUGCCGGGAUCCUUUGAGAACCCGGACAGCUAUACGGCCGUGUACUCCCUGCAGACCCAUCCCAAUCCAAAUCUGGUGUCUUAUCCGCGCUCGCUAAUACCCCAUUACUCUUCUUUUAUUGGAGAGACUUACCGGCGGAACCGCAGCAUGAUUCAUGUGGAGAGCGGUUUCCAAGCUUUGCGUUUCAUCUCGGAAAUCUUUCCGGCCGUACUUUCGCUGGCCAGCGAUAGCAUCUCUUGGGUGUGGGCUGCCGUGGCCUUUAGCACCUUUGCGGGAUUCGGUCUGGCGCAGCUGUGCGUGAUGUGGAAGCCAAUUUCUAGUGCCCUGGGUAAUUCCACAAGCUCGGUGCUGCUAAGCUGCGUCACCGGACUGUUGCUUAGCAUACCCUUUGCCACCACAAUGGGAAUAACCAUACUGUACUACGUGGACUUCCUGUUGGGCGGUUCGUGGUUCAUUCCGAUCAUUUGGACUGCUCAGAUCUUUGGCGUAUUCCUGAUACGAGGUCGCCCCUACAAUGGAGAUGAUUUGGUGAAUGACCUGCGUCUAUGCGGUUCCAUGUCCGCUUUCCUGGCCUUAUCCUGGAACGUACUGCUGCCCAUUGGCCUGAUAACGUUGUCUGUGGUGGAUUACAAGGCCUCGCUGUCGAAUCAGUUUUACUAUUGGCGUGGAAAGUCUUACUUUACGUACUGGUCCAGGAAAAUGGGCAGCCUGAUCCAGAUUGGCGUCCUGCUGGUUAUUCCUGUCACAGCUAUUAUACAGAUCUAUCGGUAUCUGGCCCACGGUCCACCGGAUAUCCUGGAGCGCAUUCAGUUGCUUUACCGUCCGCCGGAGGAGGGAGAACAGUCCCGGCGUCCGUCCGCUCGCCAAAGUGCCGCCCAGGGACGACGUAAUGCGUUGGGCCAGACCACUGAAGGCAAUCAGCACGAUGCCCAAAACGAUGCUCCGCCCAAGUACACGCCACCUCCGUCCUACACCACGGCAACAGGAGCUCGUUUGGCCAAGCUCCUGCGCCAGAGCAUACGCCGCAGCGUGCGCAGGGUUCUUGGAGACUCUAGUCGCACGCGGCCCGUGCUCUCGCUUGACGCCGAGUCCGCUUCGCCGGCGGCCCCGCCUGAUUACUUGACCAUAUUAACCAAUCCAGCGGGCAGCAGCUCCAAUGCAGAGCCUUCGCCUGCAUCCAGCAGUAGUCCGGAGUCCAUUGAAAUUGGCCUGCGUCCCGCUGGCUACGCACAACGCUCACAGUCGCUGGGCCGGAAGCUGCAUCGCUCGGGCGCCUCCACUCUGGAAAGACGCCCCUACACGGCGGAGGAUGUGGUGACCAUAUUGCGCUCCUCGGUGCGACACCGCCAGUCGCAGCAGGGUGGCGGAAAUAUGGCCACUGCUAGCACUCUGCCACGACCCCCAACAACCGCCAUGUCCACGCACAUGGAGGACGCCUCAUUCCGGUCCAUAGAGAAUCUCGUGCUGAACGCUGAGCCGCCGGACAGAACGCCGGGCGUGGAGCUGGAACUGGAGGCUGGACGGGCGGAGGAGUGCGCGCAAAAUAAUACAUCUGUGAUUUAACUGACUAAUAUCGUACCGUACAUAGGCGUAACUCUUAUGCGAUCCCACAUAUCUGCUUGCUUUCUUAGACUUGAUUAGCGCUAGUUAUACAAAUACGAAUAAUACUUUGUAGUUAUGCGAAUAAUAUCGAAAACAACUAGUUGGUACUCCCAA